UCUGGGAGUUCUGAAAAACUUUUUAUUAAACACUUUGAUCAUGGCUGACUCUCCGGAAGAGCGGCGAAGCAAGGAUGUCGUGCCCGAGGCUGCCGUCAAGGAGGCAGAAACUGGCAAGGGCAAAAAGGAGAAGAAGGAAAAGUCGGCCGAGGGCACUAAGCCGAGGCCGGCAAGCAGCCAGCGCGGAUCGCUGACCAAGUCGCAUAUAGGUGUUCCUUUGGGCAUGGGGGCUCCGGCCGCCAAGCCCACUAUGCGGUUCAUGCCCACCUACCGUCUGGAAUCGAAGAAUCCAUUGAAUAAGGAGCGGGUGGAGAACAUUAUUAAGGCUGUGAUGAACAGACAUUACAACGAAGAGUACAUGUUUCAUCCCAAGCACUCACUACACAUGGCAGCGCAGGUCAGUGAGGAAAUUAAGAACCGGAUCAAACUCGACAACUAUGACAGAUACCGCUACAUUGUGCUGGUCACUGUCGGCGAGUUUCUGAUGCAGGGCCUCUAUUCCAUGGUCAAUUUCCUGUGGGAUGCUGAAAAAGACGGAUUUGUGACCUACAGCGUAGAGAGACCUUCGUACUUUGCGGUCUGCACCACCUUUUACCUGUAUUACGAUUGAAGUCGGGAUUCGGGGAACUAGGCGCCUUCGAGUUGUUAUUAAAAUUGAAGUUAUCUUUAACACUA